UAUCAAAACAACGCAACUAAACAGCAAUAACAAGCGUCGGCAUUCAUUGUCAGCAGAGCAAGCGUCGUCGUGGUUGUCGUCGUCGUAAUAGUAGCAUACCUGUACUUUUUUCUCUUCCCAAUGUAUGCAUAGCAAAAAAUAUUACAAAAAAGCAACAAAAACAACAAUUAAGAGAUAAAAUUGGAAAGUGAUGCUUAGUGUUUAAAUGCUGAAGUUUGUUUUGCCCCGUGUUUUGUUUGAAGUUUCCCCCUCAUCAUCACCACCACUUUGCUAUUCCUCAUCCAGUCUCCUAUAUACCCCAAUUGCUUGGUUGUGAUAAAACAUGAGUGGAAUGCCAAGUCCGUCACCUGUUCGCAGCAAUAAUGGUGACCGCGACAAAGAUUCCAUGUGGUAUUUUACGGCAGAGGAUUUGGCCAAUUCGCCCAGCAGGCGUAAUGGCAUCUCACCCGAUCAGGAAUUGUCUUAUCGCCAGAUGACCGCUUAUCUUAUACAGGAUAUGGGCCAAAGGCUGCAAGUCUCACAAUUGUGCAUCAACACUGCCAUCGUGUAUAUGCAUCGUUUCUAUGCAUUUCAUUCGUUUACACAGUUUCAUCGCAAUAGUAUUGCUGCCGCAAGCCUGUUCUUGGCCGCCAAAGUGGAGGAGCAGCCACGUAAACUAGAGCAUGUCAUAAGGGCGGCAAAUAAGUGCCUAAGUCAGCCGACUACCUCUACAACGGAUGCCUACUACAUCGAACAGGCUCAAGAUUUGGUCUUCAACGAAAAUGUCCUACUACAAACAUUGGGUUUUGAUGUAGCCAUCGAUCACCCACAUACUCAUGUUGUGAAAACAUGUCAUCUGGUUAAGGCUUGCAAAGAAUUGGCCCAAACUUCCUAUUUUCUGGCAUCGAAUAGUUUGCAUUUGACUUCAAUGUGCCUGCAAUAUAAGCCCACAGUUGUAGCCUGCUUUUGCAUUUAUUUGGCCUGUAAAUGGUCUCGAUGGGAGAUACCUCAAUCGACAGAGGGGAAACAUUGGUUCCAUUAUGUUGAUGAGACGGUGACGAUGGAUUUACUUAAGAAACUUACGGACGAAUUUAUUACGAUUUAUGAAAAGAGUCCUGCUCGCCUCAAAGCCAAAUUGAAUUCUAUAAAAGCUAUGGCCCAGGGUGCCAGCAACAAUCGUCAAGGACAAGUGAAAGAAAAGAAGGGCGAACAAGAUUGGAAGAUGGCUGACAUGAUGAAAAUGUAUCAACCAGCUGGCGACAAUGGACCUGUGAGUGGUAACAAUAGCUCACAGUCUUCCUCCCAGUAUGGAGGACAAGGACCAUCGGCAGGCGAUCAGUCGCAAUCGAAUAUGGCGGCUACAAUGCUGCCGCCGCCACCACAUCAACCACCACCACCUCAGCAAAUGCGCAAAUCCGAAAUGCACUCGUCCUCCAGUCAGCAUCGUUCACAUCACAGCUCUUCAUCGUCCUCCUCGUCAUCGUCUUCACACCAUCCCCCCAAAAUCGGCUAUCCUGCUGGAGAUGUUCCCGACCACAAGCUCGGUGUCGGCCACAAACAACAACAACAGCAGCAGCCACCCUAUGGUACAAAUUUGGUUAGUCGUCAGAGAGAUCACUCCUCGUCUUCGAAUCACAAUCCAUCAUCGAUGAUGGCCCCAUCGUCAAAGUCCUCAUCUUCAAGCUCCUCAUCUAGGUCGUCGAUGUCAAACAGUAUGGUUGGACAGCAAUUACCUCGCCAAUCUUCGCAGGGUCAUUCAAUGGAUGUGAACUAUCACAAAUCAAGGGAUCGUAAUAUUCCACCUCCUCCUCCAGGUUCACACACUCUGCCGCCCCAUGGUAUGCCUCACAAAAUGGCUCAAAAGCAACAGGACCCCGGACGUUCCAUGGCAAAAGAUCAUUCUGGCCGUAUACCCCCGGAGCAACAACAACAAUCCAAGCCAAGUAACAGCAACAGCAGUAAAGCAUUUUCUUCCUCAUCUUCAUCAUCGCAACAAUACGGCGGUAACCAACAAAUUCCUCCAGGCGGUGUGGCCAAUCAACCGACGAACAAAAUGGAUGCAAUUCAUGAUAUGUCGCGCAAUAUGAUGCAACAACAUUCAUCCAGAGGCUAUAAUCAGCCUGCGCCGCCGCCACCCCAACAGCCAGCAAACGGUCCUCCAAACAACUUAAUAAAUUUCCAUCAGCAACAACAGGGAUCACGACACAGUAGCAGCAAUAACAGCAACAAUAACAACAUUAGUAAUAGUAGCAGUCUUAAGCAUGAACAAUCUAAACAACAACAACUUUCCGUCCAUAUGCAACAGCCCACACAAACUUCAACACACAACCACAAACAGUUAAUACCGCCGGAGUCUAACUACCCCGGUAUGCCACCAACACAACACGAUCUACAACAACAGCAAUCGCAUACAGCAUCAUUGCUAAGCAAUAACUAUUGUAAAAUCGAACCUCUACCGCAUUCCGCCGAAGACCAUGCGAUGUCGCAAUUCUCAGCUCAUCAGAAUCCUGUCACAAAAACAGUGAGCUCCAUGUUCAGCCCAGAAUGGAACGAGAAAAUUCCCGAGCAACACGAUACGCACUCGCAACAGCAACAAUCUCAUCCACAACAACAGCAGCAGCAACCCCAACAAUCUAAGCAACAUCCAAUGCCACAAAAUCUUAAUUACAACAACAAUGGAGGUAUGUCACACAAUGUCAGUGUUGCCGAAGGUUAUGCAGGUUAUAAGUUAGCAGGCACUAAAGAAAGUCCACCAAAAGUGAAGAGCGAAAAAGACACGCCUUCAAAGAAAGACAAAAAUCGUUCCUCCUCCAGUAGCCAACAAGAUCCUUCGCCUAAUUCUGGUCGAAACAGUACAUCGUCGUCUGGAGCAAAUCAACCACAACCAAUGUUGAAAUCAGUGAAACUCGAAGGUCAAAUGACAAGCCUCAAUGAACUUGCUGGUACAAGUAAUGCUGCUGGUAGUAUUGGCGGCGGUGGUGGCGGCAUUAAGAGACCCAAUGAGCAACAGGCCAUCAAAUCGGAGGACGACAUUCACUUACGCGAUAGUAAAAUACGAAAAUUGGACAAUGCAGGUGAUACAGGCAAACAUAACCAAGUGGUUAAUGGCAUUGAAACCAAUCCGGAUUUGGUUAGAAAUCUCUUGAAAGAAAGCCUGUGUCCUCCGGCCGGUCUGUUAAAAACGGAAAAUUCGAUCGUAACACCCAGUUUGCAGCCUCCAGCUGAACUAUUUGAACCUACGGCAACAAACACCACCACUACCUCAAUCCCAAAUCCUGCACACAAUACCUCCAAUUCUUCGGUAACUGCAGCGAAUGCUGUACUCUCUGGAAAUUCAGAUGUUAGUGCCAUGGAAACUGAAGAGCAUGGCACAAGUGGUGGUAAAUCUGAAAAGAAGAAAAAGAAGGACAAACACAAGCACAAGGAAAAGGAUAAGGACAAGUCGAAAGAUAGGGAAGAGCGUAAGAAACACAAAAAGGACAAAGACCGCCACAAGGACAAGGAAAGAGAGAAGGACUCGGAAAGUGCAGAGCAUGUUAAGAUUAAGAUAUCCAAGGAAAAACUUGAAUCUGCGGGCGAGCCGAUUGGUUUUAAAAUUAAAAUACCCAAAGAUCGAAUUAUGGGAGAUCUUAGUUCACAGCCAACAACGAGCCACUCUUCACACACAGAAGCCGCCCCGCCUGUUUUAAAGAUAAAAAUAUCGAAGGAUAAACUUGAAACGUAUAGCAGUGGAUCCUCAUCGACAGAUCAUGCAGCAGGAGGUGGACAGGCAGCACAUCCAUCAUAUGGCCAUAAUAGCAGUAGUCAAUCCUCCUCGGCAUAUGCCCCAUAUGGCAGCUCUUCACACUCAAGUUCAACGAACACGCAUUCGAGUAGCAGCAGUAGUAAAAAGAAAGAUCGUGAUCGUGAAAAGGAUAGGGAGCGUGAUAAGGAGAAGAAACGACAACAUGAGUCCUCCUCCAAAUCCAGUGGUGGAGGCAGUAGCAGUAGUCUAAGU